GGACUCCAGACUGUUGGGAGGAAAACUGAGCAACAGCCACGACUGUGGACGCGAGCGUCUCCGGUGUGCGCAUGCGCCCGCUCAGCGGCCUGCUUCUAUUUAUGUGGGGGACCCAACAUGGCGGCUGCGGCGACCCUGGCGAUGGCGGUGGAGCCCAUCAGAACGUAGUAGCGGGGACGGGGACCCGGUCCGCACUCACGGUGGCGUCCGCGGAGACGGCUGAGGGUGCUGGAGGGAAGAAAAGCGACGGAGAGCGGAAGGAAAGGCGGGCAGGCACGCCGUACGGCGUCGAGGCGAGAGCCGGCUCGAGCGAGCGCCGAGGGCCACAACAGUGGGGAUGGCGGAGCCGCGCAGAGUCGCGUUCAUUAGCCUGUCACCGGUGAGGCGGCGCGAGGCCGACUUCGCGGGCGCCGAGCGCGAGCCCCCCCGACUGGAGCCGCAGCCGUACCGCGAGCCGGCCCGGGCGGAGUCGGCCCCCCGCGCUGACGCGCAGCACCCGGCGCGCGACAAGCCGCUCCCCCAGCGCGAGGUCAGCCGCGCCGAGCCGCCCAUGGCGCUGCAGCGCGAGCCCCCGCGGCCCGAGCCGCCGCCGCCGCCGCUGCCCCUGCAGACUGCCCCGCCGCGGGAGUCGGCUUCCCGGGCGGAGCCGCCGCCGCGACCGCCGAAGGAGACGGUUCGCCUGGAGCUGGUGCUCAAGGACCCCACGGACGAAAGCUGCGUGGAGUUCAGCUACCCGGAGCUGCUGCUGUGCGGAGAACAACGGAAGAAGCUUGUUCAUACAGAAGACCCAUUUAAUGAUGAGCAUAAGGAGAGGCAAGAAGUGGAAAUGUUGGCUAAGAAGUUUGAAAUGAAAUAUGGUGGGAAAGUCCGUAAACAUCGGAAGGAUCGGCUACAAGAUUUAAUUGAUAUAGGCUUUGGCUAUGAUGAGACAGAUCCGUUUAUUGAUAACUCAGAGGCUUAUGACGAAUUAGUCCCUGCUUCUCUAACAACAAAAUAUGGAGGCUUCUACAUCAACACUGGCACUCUUCAGUUUCGCCAAGCUUCAGAUACUGAAGAAGACGAUAUUACAGAUAACCAAAAGCACAAGCCCAAGGUUCCCAAAAUAAAAGAAGAUGAUAUUGAGGUAAAGAAGCGGAAGCGGAAAGAGGAAGGGGAAAAAGAGAAGAAGCCAAGGAAAAAAGUUCCCAAACAACUGGGAGUUGUGGCUCUCAAUUCACACAAGUCUGAAAAAAAGAAGAAGCGAUAUAAAGAUUCCCUUUCUCUGGCUGCCAUGAUACGAAAAUUUCAAAAAGAAAAGGAUGCAUUAAAGAAGGAAUCUAGCCCUAAAGUCCCUGUGACCCUAUCAACUUCCUCUCUGACUAAGCCCUCUUGUGCUGCCACAGCCCUGGGGGAUGACAUCCCAGACUUAAGUCUGAACAGUGCUGAUCCAGACCUCCCUAUUUUUGUUAGCACAAAUGAACACGAAUUGUUUCAGGAAGCUGAAAAUGCGCUAGAAAUGCUAGAUGACUUUGACUUUGACAGAUUACUGGAUGCUGCUUCUGAUGGUAGCCCCCUCUCUGAGUCAGGGGGAGAAAAUGGAAACACCACCCAGCCCACCUUCAGCUCUCAAGUUAUGCCCAAGGUGGUACCUACACUUCCAGAUGGUCUACCUGUGCUCCUUGAGAAACGCAUUGAGGACCUUCGUGUAGCUGCCAAACUUUUUGAUGAAGAAGGAAGAAAAAAAUUCUUCACACAAGAUAUGAAUAAUAUUCUUCUGGACAUCGAGUUACAGCUACAAGAACUAGGCCCUGUCAUUCGUAGUGGUGUCUACUCCCAUCUUGAAGCAUUUGUGCCAUGCAAUAAGGAAACACUGGUAAAACGUCUAAAGAAGUUACACCUUAACGUCCAGGAUGAUCGUUUAAGAGAACCUCUGCAGAAAUUGAAGCUGGCUGUUAGCAACGUCAUGCCUGAACAGCUGUUUAAAUACCAGGAAGACUGCCAGGCUCGCAGUCAAGCCAAGUGUGCCAAGUUGCAAACAGAUGAAGAACGGGAAAAAAAUGGAUCUGAAGAUGACGAUGAUGAGAAACCAGGGAAACGAGUCAUAGGGCCACGAAAGAAAUUCCACUGGGAUGACACCAUUAGAACUUUGUUAUGUAACCUUGUUGAGAUCAAAUUGGGAUGCUAUGAAUUAGAGCCAAAUAAAAGCCAGUCUGCUGAGGAUUAUCUUAAAUCCUUCAUGGAGACAGAAGUGAAGCCACUGUGGCCUAAGGGCUGGAUGCAGGCAAGAAUGCUUUUUAAGGAAAGCCGGAGUGUACAUAAUCAUCUUACUUCUGCUCCGGCAAAGAAAAAGGUGAUUCCUACAUCAAAACCCAAAGUCAAGGAGGUGAUGGUAAAGACCUUUCCUGUUCGUUCUUUCCCCACUAUGCUGAAGGAAUGUAGCCCAAAAAAAGACGCCAAGGCUCCUGUAUCUUUGGUGGCUUCAGUUGGUGGUCCUUCCACGAGCUCCAGCACAGCCAUCAUUGCCUCAACCAGCUCUAGCUCAGCACCAGCCCAAGAAACCAUCUGCCUCGAUGACUCCCUGGAUGAAGACCUUUCUUUCCACUCAUCUUCACUGGAUCUUGUAUCUGAAGCUUUAGCUGUCAUCAACAAUGGGAACAAGGGCCCCUCAGUUGGCUCAAGGCUAAACGUGCCAACUACAAAGCCUCGUCCAGGACUGAGAGAAGAAAAACUAGCAAGUAUCAUGAGUAAGUUACCACUGGCUGCUCCCAAAAAACUAGAUUCUACUCAGACUGCACACUCGUCAAGUCUUAUUGCUGGUCACACCGUGCCAGUACCAAAGAAACCCCAGGAUUUAGCUCAUACUGGCAUUUCUUCAGGCCUUAUUGCUGGUUCUUCAAUUCAGAACCCGAAAGUUUCCUUAGAACCUUUGCCAGCCAGGCUACUCCAGCAAGGAUUGCAAAGGUCAAGCCAGAUACAUGCUUCUUCCUCUUCACAGACUCAUGUCUCCUCCUCCUCCCAAGCCCAAGUUGCUGCCUCCUCUCAGGCUCUGGGAACAUCAGAGGCCCAAGAUGCUUCUCCGUUAACACAAGCAACAAAGGUGCACCAGCACUCAACUGUCCAACAGAACUAUGUGUCUCCAUUACAAGCCACCAUUAGUAAAUCACAGACCAACCCAGUCGUGAAAUUAAGUAAUAACCCCCAACUUUCCUGUUCGUCGCAACUACUCAAGACUUCAGAUAAGCCACUGAUGUAUCGCCUCCCUUUGUCUACCCCAUCACCUGGAAAUGGUUCUCAGGGGCCCCACCCCCUGGUUUCUAGGACAGCACCGAGCACCACUACCUCCAGUAACUAUUUAGCCAAGGCUAUGGUGUCACAAAUCUCCACGCAGGGUUUCAAAUCUCCCUUCUCAAUGGCUGCAUCUCCCAAACUUGCCGCAUCUCCCAAACCUGCCACAUCUCCCAAACCUUUGCCCUCACCUAAGCCUUCUGCCUCACCCAAGCCCUCUCUGUCAGCUAAGCCUUCAAUAUCAACUAAACUUAUUUCUAAAUCCAACCCAACUCCCAAGCCUGCUGUAUGCCCAACUUCUUCCAGUCCAAACACACUAGUAGCUCAGAGUAGCCACUCCACUAGUAACAACCCUGUCCAUAAACAGCCCAGUGGAAUGAACAUCAGCAGACAGUCUCCCACUCUGAAUUUGUUGCCCUCAAAUCGCACUUCUGGCCUUCCAUCUACAAAAACUCUUCAGGCCCCUUCUAAACUAACAAACUCAUCAUCCACUGGAACUGUUGGGAAGAACAGCUUGAGUGGAAUUCCAAUGAAUGUACCUGUCAGCAGAGGUAGCAACCUUAACUCAAGUGGAGCUAAUAGGACUAGUCUAUCUGGGGGAACAGGAAGUGGAACACAGGGUGCUACUAAACCGUUGUCUACUCCACAUAGACCAGCCUCUGCCUCAGGGUCUUCAGUGGUAACAGCCAGCGUGCAGUCCACAACAGGAGCAUCAUUAUUGGCUAAUGCCUCACCUCUGACUCUCAUGACAUCACCUUUGUCUGUAACAAAUCAAACUGUGACUCCUUUUGGGAUGCUGGGUGGCCUUGUUCCAGUGACCAUGCCCUUCCAGUUUCCCUUGGAGCUACUUGGCUUUGGAACGGACACAGCUGGAGUGACAACCACCUCGGGAUCUACCUCAGCCGCUUUCCAUCACAGCCUAACUCAGAAUUUACUAAAGAGUUUACAACCGGGAACUCAGCAUGCAGCAACACUUUCCCACUCACCUCUGCCUACACACUUACAGCAAGCAUUUAAUGAUGGAGGCCAAAGUAAAGGGGACACUAAGUUACCACGGAAAUCUCAGUGACUUCCCAGCAAUCAAGAGAGGAAUCAUUUGGCUGGCUGAUGGGACCUACCUGAUGGGAAAGUCUUAUGUGGUCACAGGGCUGCUGUUUCUGUCGAUGUUUACAUUCUCGUCCCAAGCACUGUGGUGAGGAGGAAAAGGAGAGAAAACGUUACUUGAGCAAAGCCAGGUGCAGGAAGGAGAAGAAAUGCCUUUGUGCAAAGUUAGUGACCUUUGGUCUCCUAAAGUUAUUCCCAUCUUACCCUGCUUCAGAGAGACUCAGCUGUCAAACCCACAGAAGUACCAAUUCGAUUGUUUAUAAACCUGCGGGGAGAAGGAAGGAAGUUGAGAGGAUUUGGGUAAAUGGCCAUCCAUCCUGGGGGUUGGAUCUGAACACUCUACAUAUAAGUGCAUAAUAAAAGCAACUAAAAGUAGAAUUA